UAGAAGAGCGAUAGUGAAGCUAUUUUUAGAUGUUUAUCUAGAUCUAUAUCUCUACAGCAUGGAUUAAGAUUUUUUGAAAAUUAAUUUUUUUUGCUAGCCUUUAAAUGGAACAUAUUUAGGCUUAUGUGUAGGCUUUAAUAGAAUAAGAUUCUAAUGGGAAUAUUAAUGUUUAUAUGGAUAUAAACAAUGAUUGGGGAAACACUGUCCAUCCAUCCAUCCCAAUGGCACUACAACCCAUGGAGGGCUUUAGCUGGCUUCAACACAUCCCUCCAUUCAGAUCUCUCCUUAGCCUUUUAUCUCCGUCACUAUCUGUGGGUCUUCAUACAAUUGAUAUAUCUCAUGUAUCUGCACUAUUCAACACAUUCAGAGAGGAAGCAGCAGCUCAAGCUUCAACAUUUUUGAGUCUUUCAAUUUUGCUGUUGUCACGUUCUCCACUGUUGGCUAUGGAGAUGUUUCCUCUGACAUUUGGCUGGGCUGACUCUUAA